AUGGACUCCAUAGACAAGAAAGUUCAUGAGAAGUUAGAUGAAGAAGAACUCGAAGAUACAGUGGAGAAUGCUAAACCUUUGUUUGAAGAAGUUAGAAAAAUGUGUGAAAAACAAUUAGAACAUGAACGUGAGAUAUGUUAUGGUUAUAGAGAUUCUCAAUACGAACUAGACCAAUGGGAACAAGAAGAUUUAAAGAGAGAAUUUAGAGAAUAUGAACUCGCUAAGAUAGCAUUAGAAACUGCAGAAAAGAAGUUAAAAGUUUGGGGUCUACAUACGUUCCUCUAA